AUGCCCUAUGAUAUCACCAUUAAUAUACUUCUAAAACUUCCCGUCAUAUCACUUUUACGGUUCAAAUGCGUUUGCAAAUUAUGGCGUUCUCUAAUUGAAGAUCCCCAAUUCAUCAAGUUUCAUGGCGAUAUGUCCAAAAAUGACAUGCAUCGUCACAAAAUCUUCUUGAUUGGUGGUGAAUGUGACAACAAGGACGACUAUUUCUACUCCUUAGACGUUCCACUUCAACAUGAUUCCGUUGCCUCUCUUCUGGAACCUCCAAUUCCAGGAAUCAAUCAAUUAAGUAGAGUAUGUUUUACUAGUUCUUGCAGUAAUGGUAUAAUACUUCUAGUUUUCCCUUACGAUUUAAUCGUUUUGUGGAACCCGUCCAUCAGAGAAUCAAGAAAAAUCCCUAGUCCAAUCCUUAAAAAGAGGCUACGGAAGCGGUUCCCUGCAAUUUAUGGUUUUGGCUACGUUUCCUCUACCGACGAUUAUAAAAUUGUUAGAGUAGGAAAAAAAGAUACCUCAGCCGGUUAUUAUGAGGUCGAUCUGUUUUCCACGAGAACUGACUCGUGGAAAUUGAUCGGCAAGUUUCCUCCGAAUAACUUUUUCUUUGAAGGAGACAUUGUUACAGUAGAUGGGAUUGUUUAUAUGAGAGCGAUGACAUAUUGGUCUAUGAAUGAAUGUACUAUAUUAAGUUUUUGUUUGGAGGCGGAACAAUUUCAAGAAGUAUUGUUUCCGGAUCGGGUUCAAAGGUUCCAAGAUCCUGUUUUGUAUGUUUUAGGAGAAAACCUGUGUUUGACUAGGUUGCACGAUAACUCGAGUCGGGAUUUUGAAGUUUGGUGUAUGAAAAAGGAUGGAUUAAUGAGCAACCCAUGGAGUAAGAUCUUGACGAUUCCAUCGAUGCACAGCGGCCGUUGCUUGAGGCCUGUGAGCUUUACAAAGACCAACGGAGACAUAGUGUUUAUGAGGAAUAAAGGUUAUUUCGAGGUCUAUAAUUCAAAUAGACAUGAAUUCGAAGUAGUUGAAGUCGUUGGGCUUGAGGGACCACUUUAUUUCAAUUGGCUUGUAUCAUAUGCAGAAAGUUUGUUUUCUCCUAAACAGGCAUGGAUACAGAAUUUCAAAAAGAUGAAUGCACGAGUACAGAAAAAGAACACAUAUCUCAAUGGGUUGAAAUUUUGA